AUGGAUCGACGCGACGAAAUCAGUGCUCACAUUGGCGAAAGCCUUCAAGACUGCCUCAUAUAUUUAGGAACUUCUAAUUUUGAAAAAGGAAAGUUCUGUAAUGCUACAUGGGAUGGAUUAUUGUGUUGGCCGCCUACAAGAGCUGGUUUGACUAUCAGACAGUCGUGUCCGUUCAGUACCAGCCUAAAUGCUUAUGCGUACAAAGUGUGUAAUAAAGAUGGUACGUGGGCUGUUAUUGGUGACCCAGAAACACAUCCUGGAGGUCAUAGCCCAGCCGGAUAUACGGACUACAGCCAAUGUUUUCAACCAACUCCGAUAGAUUCUUCGACGUUACCGGAACAAGCUGUAUUCUCGGACUAUAACAAGACCAUGAAACUUGGCGAGAUUAUUCAACUAGGACUUUCAAGCGUAUCCAUUGUUUCGUGUUUAAUCGCCAUUUUGUUUUAUUUCAUCAUUACGAGGAAAGGUGUGAGAUGUAAAAUUGUGAUUCCGUUGUUUUUAUCUAUUAUGACAUAUCAUUUAAUGUCGUUGGUUGCCAUGACACUCCGCCAUGUUGACAAAUCAGAAGACGCCGUUCAUAUGAGAGAUUAUUUCUGCCGUUUAGAAACGGUGAUAUGUAAAUUUUGUGAGCUGGCCACCUACUCGUGGUUAAUGAUAUUGAUGAUCUAUUAUCAUCUAAUAGCCAUGUGUUAUAAACUCACUACCAAGAAAAUUCUUGUGCUCUACGUCAUCGGUUCUGGGAUUCCUAUUAUAACGACAAUGACGUGGUAUUUAUCGGUUGUGUUUUUGAUUCGGAUUGAAACGUCCUGUUUUGUAGACUAUUUUACUCAUCCGACAAUAUGGCUGCCAAUAACAGUCAAAUUCUUAUGUAUUUUCAUUAUUCUGUGUCUAUUGGUGGUGUGUUGCUGUGCAUUUUGUUGUCUCCAUGACGAUGACCUUGACUUUUCAGAUGAUUUCGUUGUUGCUAGGCAGGGAAUAUUACGUGUGUUUAUAGUAACGAUGGUGAUGGUUGCUAUGGAAAUAUACUUAUUGGUUAGUGAUUUUUCAAAGGGAAUUUCUGUCAUAAACCUAUACAUUAUUCAUUAUUUUAUUUGGAUUAUUUGUACAACGACUAAAGGAUUGAUUUUUGCAUUUUUUCUAUGUUUUAUCGAUAAGAAAAUAUGGUCGUGCCAAACUACGCCGUCUGAAAGAUAUAACAAGGUAGAAUCACGUGAUAAGAAAAUGACACCUAUAACGAAUUUGGAAGAUAUUUUUGGCGAUUCCGACUAA